AUGUCUAACGACAUUCAGGUGACAUUUGAUGAAAAAGUAAACAGAGCUGCUAGUGUGAGUGGUAGUCGACUUUCAAUGUUAAAAGUAAAUUAUAUAAAGGAAAUAUUAGAUGGUAUCAUCACCGUGAUAAACUAUAAAUUUGAACCGGUAACUGUGGUCAUUAAAAUUCAACUUCACGGCCAGUUGUCAAACUUUUCAUUGAAACCAAAGAUCGAUGCUGUUAAAAGUGGUCCAGUAAUUGCAAAUGCAAUGCACGAUUUAAGAUGGGAAGUACAAGUUGAUCCACAACAAACACUAGACAUUAAAUAUUCAAGAACUUUUAAUCGACGACAACAGAAACUGAAUUAUACUUCCUUUAUUAUGUAUGUCAUCAUAGAAUUUUCAUAUAAUAAAUUAUAGUUAAUUUCAAAUUUUUAAAGUCGAGUAAUAUAGUUAGAUAAAGAGCACGUCUUGUCUCUUUUUACAUCAUCGUGGAAUGAAAAACAUUCGCAGAUUAUAUGUAAUUCGGUUGAGCAAAACCCGAUGUAUGCUGAAAAUUUCCUUGAGAAGAACCCAUCACUUAAGAAAUACUUCUUUCUCUGUGAUAAUGCUGAGUCGAAUUACAAUUUAAUCAUUGUUUAUACAUCAGGCCUCUUUCACACACAAAACGAUACUUGAAAUCGAUCGAUCGCAUUUUAUUGCUCCAAUAUAUCUGAAGUUCAUUGGAACUAACUACUAUCCGUUUCAAAAGAGAAUGUACUCGGUUGCUUUUUGAAUAAGUUAGGAACGCUACUAGCUAGUAAGUUCGGGUCUCUGUCGUCGAAUUGACGACAUCUGGGAGCAUCCAGAUAUGUAGUGAUCAUCCGGCUUGUCAAGAUCUUUGAGGGAUUUUCAGAAGGUUUCCGAAAAACCACUCACGCACGAGUUAGAAAUUUUGAUUCUUCUGGGUGGGUACGAUUUGCCAUACUGUCCUCUCCAAAACUACGCAAGGCUGAGCUCGCUAACUUGUUCCAUUCAGGAGCUAUAAGCAUGUUCCAAUAGAUCCGAUUAGUUGGCCUUGGAUCAUAGUAAAAUGGGUGAAGAUAGGGGUAAUUGAUCAUGGUUAGUCUUGUGGUGAUGUUUAUCUAUGAUUUCAAACCGAUCUAAAACCAAGAUUUUCUAAUUCCAGCAUUCUGCCGCUAUGUUGCGUAUCGUUUGAAGAUCAUGUUAUAGUGACUUUAGAUCGGUUUGAAGCCAAAAAUAAACAUCACCACACGACUCAUCAUGAUCGAUUAUCCCUAUCUUGACUCCUUUUAGGGGGAUCCAAGGUCAACGAGCCGAAAUCGCGACUCUCUGGAAUGUCCUUGAUAAUGGCUCACUGAUCACUGUGAUGAUAAUGAUCACUACAUAUCUGGAUGGCACCAGAUGUUAUCAGUUCGAGGAUGAAGAACUGAACUUGCUAGCUACUAACGGUCCUGAGUUAUCCAAAACCAACCGAGUACAUUGUUUUUCGAAAUGGAUAGUAGCUAUCUUUUCAAAUUAUUUUUACUCGUUUUGUGCGUUGGUAUAUCUGAAGAAAUCUGCUGGAAAAGAGACAUACGAAUGAUAUCAUGACUAUGAUCGUAAAAAGAAUUAAUUGAUAUAAGUUAAGAGUGCUUUCUGAAAACUUUCAUUGAAGUACAUUACGAUCCC